UCCAAAAAUUUGCUAAGAAUACUAAUUCUAGCAAUAUUCCUCAGUUCAUCUAUUCCUGCACAGUCUUACUACUGUGAAGAUCAACUGGUGGCAGCACUUCCCAUGGAGGCAUUCAAGAGCUCAUCGAGAGCCUCCGACAGCCAGUCCCCACACUUGGCAAGGUUGAAUAGGAGGCAAGGUCGGGGUGGAUGGUCCCCACACAGGUCAGAUCCAGAGCCAUGGCUGCAACUGGAUCUGGGGGAUCGAAUGGAGGUGACAGGAAUUGCCACACAGGGCCGCUGGGGCAGUUUAGAUUGGGUGAGGCAGUUUCAGCUGCAAUACAGCGACUCAGGCAGGACCUGGAGAGAGUACAGACAGGACAACAUACUCUGGACAUUCCCAGGAAAUACAGAUGCAGAUACAGUGGUCCAGCACAAACUGCCUCACUCCAUCAGAACCCGAUUCCUGCGUCUGCAGCCCCUGCAGGGAAGCCCCACUGGGGGACUGGGUCUAAGACUAGAAGUAUAUGGCUGCACUUACAAGUCAGAUGUGGCAGAUUUUGAUGGCCGCAGUUCCCUACUCUACCGGUUUAACCAGAAGUCCACAAGUACGGUGAAGGAUGUGAUCUCACUACGAUUCAGGAGCAGGCAAGCAGAAGGAGUUCUGGUUCAUGGCGAGAGCCAGAGAGGAGAUUACAUUACUCUAGAACUGCAACGUGGCCGACUGGCAUUACACCUCAACCUAGAUGAUGCUAAGCUCCCCUCCAGAGGCCAGCACUCUUUGGUGACACUGGGCAGCCUUCUGGAUGAUUAUCACUGGCACUCUGUCCUGAUUGAGCGCUUCAACAAGCAGGUCAAUUUUACCAUAGACCAACACACACUCCACUUUCAUACCAGAGGUCAGGGGGACUCUUUGGAGGUAGACUAUGAGCUCAGUUUUGGGGGGAUCCCUUUGCCGGGUAAACCAGGGACAUUUGUGAGAGAGAACUUCCAUGGCUGCAUGGAAAACCUCUACUAUAACGGAGUCAACGUCAUUGACAUGGCCAAAAGACGCAAGCCGCAGAUUUACAGUGUGGGAAAUGUGACAUUCUCCUGCUCUGAAUCUCAGCCUUUCGCCGUGACAUUCCUCAGUUCCAGUUCCGGCUUCCUGGAGCUUCCUGUUGAAUUUGGAUCGGCAGGUUUUUCCCUACGUCUCCAGUUUCGCACCUGGAACCCAGAAGGGUUGUUGUUUUACCUCCCACUCUCUCGCAAUCCUGAACACCUCACACUCCUUCUCCAGCUUCACGAUAGUUUGAUGCACCUUUCCCUCCAAGGGUUAUCUGAUGGAACAGUCUUUACUGGGAACAGUUUGAAUGAUGGACAAUGGCACUCAGUGGCAGUAGAGGUCAAGGGAUCUCAGAUGUCUCUUGCAGUUGACAACCAGAGGCCUGUUGUCAUGGAAAACAUUCAGUCCAUCAGUGUGCAGAAAGCAGACAUCUUCCUUGGAGGGUGCCCCACAUCCCAAAAUGCUGACUGUGAGAAUCCAACUCUUGGAUAUCAGGGUUGUCUUCGUCUUCUCUUCAUCAACAACCAUCCCAUUAACUUCCUCAGAGUUCAGCAGGAUAAGCUGGGUAACUUCAGCCAGUUGGGCUUUGAUGUCUGCAGCAUCCGGGACAGGUGUCUGCCUGACUUCUGUGAACAUGGAGGUCAUUGCUACCAAACCUGGGAUCAAUUCCACUGUAACUGCUCUGGAACAGGUUACACCGGAGCUACUUGCCACAACUCAAUUUAUGAGCGCUCAUGUGAAGCGUAUCGAAAAACAGGAAGUCCAUCAGGGCUGUUCAGCAUUGAUCCGGAUGGUAGUGGGCCUCUGGAACACACACAAGUGAACUGCUCUAUGGCAGAGGACAAAGUGUGGACAGUCGUUGGCCACGAUUAUGCCCAGCCUGUCACUGUCCGUGGGUCCACUCCUCGUAGUCCAUAUGUUCUCAUCUUCAACUAUUCUGUUUCUCCUUACCACCUCCGUUCCUUGGUGGCUUCAUCAGAAUAUUGCCAUCAGAAAGUCACCUACCGCUGUAGAAAGUCUCGCCUUUUCGAUACCUGGGAUGGCACUCCCCUGUCUUGGUGGUUAGACAGGGAUGGGGUGAAGAGGACAUACUGGGGUGGUUCCCUCCCUAGCGUGCAGCAGUGCUCCUGUAGUCUUGAGGGCAACUGCAUGGAUAUGAACUACUUCUGCAACUGUGAUGCUGACCAAGACACAUGGGCAAAUGAUACUGGCCUGUUGUCUUACAAGGACCAUUUACCUCUUAGUGAGAUCGCUAUUGGCGACACAAACAGAACUGGCUCAGAGGCUGUUUUCCAGAUUGGACCGUUGCAUUGCUAUGGCAACAGAUUUCUGUGGAAUUCGGCAUCAUUUUAUCAAGAAUCAUCUUACUUACAUUUCCCCACUCUACAAGCUGAGUUCAGCAUUGACAUCUCUCUCUUCUUUAAGACGAGCACACCUUUUGGGGUGUUUCUAGAGAAUGUAGGGAUCCAAGACUUCAUCAGGCUGGAGCUGAGCUCUUCAUCUACCGUGACCUUCACCUUUGAUGUUGGAGAUGGCCCAGUCGUUUUGACGGUCAGGUCACCUGUGCCCCUGAAUGACAGGCAGUGGCACUACAUACACGCAGAGCGCAAUGUUAAGGAAGCAUCACUACAGGUGAACCAACUGCCCCGUCAGAUCUUGGAGGCUCCAUCUGAGAGUCACUACCGACUACAGCUAAACAGCCAACUGUUUGUGGGUGGAACUGCCUCCAGACAGAAGGGCUUUCUGGGAUGCCUGCGUGCAUUGACUGUGAAUGGUGUGACUCUUGACCUCAAUGAGCGGGCAAAGACCACCCCAGGAGUGAGCUCAGGGUGCCCAGGCCACUGCCACAGUGACAGCCUAUGUGACAAUGGAGGAAGAUGCAUUGAGAAGAAUAAUGGCUAUGCUUGUGACUGCUCACAGACAGCCUUUGACGGUCUACACUGCACGACAGCUGUCUCAGCCGCUUUCGAGAGCGGAUCUUCCAUUACCUACACCUUUCAGGAGCCCUUCUCUGUCAUGCUAAACCAGGAUGUCAAGCAGGGAUUUAACGACGAACAUGGUGAAUGCAUCAAAUGCCGUGAGAAUGUGGGUUUUGGAUUCCAGACCAGACAUGCUCCCACUCUGUUGUUGUCAGCCCAGUCCCACAACCAGCGCUAUAUGGCUAUAACCCUAACACACAACGGCACAUUACAGAUCUGGUACCAACUUGGUGAAAAAGGAAGUCCUGACAUUUUCAACCCAAAUUCUGUUAGUUUAGCCAAUGGAGAAUUUCACUGGGUCCGGAUCAGUCGUGAGGGUCAGGAGGUUUAUGUUCAGAUUGACAAUGAUGUAACCCAGCACUAUAGUCUUCCUCCAGGCUCUGAACCAAGCCAGAUGAGCACCAUUACUCUGGGUAAAAUCCAAGGGAACAACGUAAUGGAUGAUGAAGUAGUCAAGGCAGGAUCAAGAGGUUUCAUCGGCUGCUUGUCCUCCGUCUGGUUCAAUCAGGCUGCUCCUUUGAAGGCUGCCCUAAAGAACAAUGGAGGUUCCUUGGUUAGCGUAUCUGGACGAGUGAUUGAGUCAAAUUGUGGGACACCAUCAGUUCUGAAUUCUCCAACCACCACUCAUUCAUUGUCAGAUGACUCAGCAAAAGGUGAUAGAGGCAAAGAGCCACUCAAAAAGGCUGAACAGGAGUACUCGGCUCUUAUCGGAGGUGUGGUUGCCGGUGUGGUGUUCAUCACUCUUUGCGCAAUGGCGGUGGUGAUCAGGUUUCUGUAUCGUCACUGGCGAUCUCCAGCACAACCGGCUAUCAGUGGGAAGGGUCACCAGCCCAGUUUUGAACACCCCUACCGGACCGAACUGGACCUCCACAAACCGAACCGGAACAGCAAAGAGUAUUACAUCUGA